GCAUGGCUUUCGCACGUCGGGUUGUACUGGCGCUCUUGGUCGCUGGCUGCCAGAGCUGGAAGCUGCCGCCCGUCAAUCAGGGACGGCGUGCCCAGUUCUACACGCAGCAGAGCGACGGCGCCUACAAGUACGGCUUCGACAGCGCGGAGGGCCUCUUCCAGGUGCAGGAGGGCGGCCCGACCAACGAGGUGCGUGGCGAGUUCGGUGCCGAUGGCGGCAAGACUGAGUACACCGCGGGCGUCGGCGGCUUCGUGGUGACCUCGCACAAGAAGCCGACUUCACGGGGCGUACCCACGCGAGCCUACCAGGCAGCUCACAAGAACGCUGCACCCGUCCGGUUUGCCACGCUGGAGGAGCUCACCACCCCUCCCAAGCCGGUGGCGGACACUCCCGAGGUAGCCGCCGCCAAGAGGCAGUUCCAGGCGGCCUACAACGCCGCCGCCGCCGCCGCAGAGGCCGCCCCCGACACCAACAUCAUCACAGCUUCGGCCAAGCAGCCGUCCGGCCUGUACAUCGCGCCGGCCGUCACCCGGGGGAACACCCGCCGCCUUGUCCAGCCGGCCGUCACCCGGGUGCAGACCCGCCGGCCUGUGCAGCCGGCCGUCACCUACGGCCAGAGCUCCAGGCCAGUGGAGAUCGCCCACGUGCGCUCCUCUCAGGGCGAGGACGGGUCUUACCAGUUCUCGUACGAGACCAGCGACAGCUCCCGACACGAAUCGGCCGAUAGCGCCAACAACGUUCAGGGCAACUUUGAGUUCGUCGCUGACGACUGCCCAGCGCCGGCGCGUGGAUUAUAGAGCGGGCGCCGAGACCUGGCUUCAUCGCCUCGGGAGCCCACCUGCCCGUGUCCGUGAAGGACACCGCCGACGUGGCCGCCGCCAAGGCGUC